AUGAGUUCAGUGAAAGAGCGAGAAAAACCCGAGAAACCAGGGAAACCGCCGUCGGAACCCGUGGAAAGUGACUCUUCACUGCCACAUCCGACCCAAACCAACUCUGAGUCCUCUCUUCCAGCCUCAUCGACAGCCACCUCGGCCUCUCAUGCCUUAGAUAACGAGACCGGGGACGCAUCCGAUGACCAGAGUGAUAGCGACGGAUUUUCCGCCGGCGAAGCUCCGGAAGAGGACUCUGAAUCAGAUCCAGAAGACGAGGAAGUCGAACAGAAUGAUGAAUCUUUGGCUUCUACUAUCGUUCAAGAGAUCGAUGAAGGAACCUACGUCUGCUUGGUAUGCACUUGCGAGAUCGAUAGACACUCGAAAGUGUGGAACUGCCGUAACUGUUACCGUGUCUAUGAUUUGGAUUGUAUCAGAGACUGGGCCCAGAGGGGUUCUUCUACUACAGAGCAGAAGACAUGGAGAUGCCCGGCUUGCAGCUUCGAGCAGAAGAAGCUUCCUUCUUCAUUUACCUGCUGGUGUGGACGGAUCACCAACCCUAAAGCAGAUAGUUUGAUCCCUUUUAGUUGUGGAAAUCCAUGCAACAAAAAGUAUCCACAUUGCGUCCAUUCAUGUUCCUCGGUUUGUCAUCCAGGAAAGCACCCAGAGUGUGGUGCUAUGGGCCCAGUCAUGAACUGUAAAUGUGGUAAGCAUAAGCAACAACUCCCAUGCAUGGUGACUCCUUAUAAAGCAGGCUGGCAGUGUGAAGAACCUUGUAAGACCAAGGUAUGUAUGCUAGGCCAUGACUGUUCCAAAGGACAGUGCCAUCUGGGGUUCUGCGGUCCGUGCAAGACAAAGAUUGAUGUGCUGUGCUACUGUGGCCAAAAAGAGAUGAACAUUCAGUGCAAAGAGUUUCAUCCUGAGGUAAGCUACAAGAAUGAUGAGAAGUUCAUUGGAGGUGCAAAGUGUGAUAGCAUUACAAUCCAGUACUACGAUUGCGGUGAACACUUUGAAGAGCUUGAAUGUCAGCCAUUGGCAAAGGAUAAGCCCCAUUGUAAAUUUGCUACCGAUGUGGUCAAUAGCUGUUACUGUGGUAAGACUCCUUUCGACUCGUUGAAGCGUACCAAGUGUACCGAUCCAAUGCCAGCUUGUGAAAACGUUUGUGGCAAGAAACUCAAGUGUGGAUGCUUUUGCCGUGCUCAAUGUCACGAUGGUCCUUGUGUUUGUACCAGCAUGAUCGAGACCAAGUGUGAAUGUCAGUCAAACUCAUUCAUUGUUCCUUGCAAGGCUCUUCAACAAGGUUUCAAACCACGUUGUCUUCGUAAGUGCUCGGCUCCUCUUAGUUGUCGUCAACACACUCAUCGUGAGAGGUGUUGCCCAUACGAGCAAGUUGCACUCAAGAGAGAACGUGAAGUUAAGAAGCAGUUGAGGAACAAGACGAGAACCAACUUUGAUGAUCAGGUUCUUACUAUGGAGCCUGUGCAUAUUUGUACACGGACAUGUAACCAAUUGAAGUCAUGCGGGUUACAUCGUUGUGAGGCAUUGUGUCACAGCGGUCCAUGUGGUGUGUGCUACGAAUCCUCCAAUGAUGAUUUAGUUUGCAACUGUGGGAAGACUGUUAUUCCUGCUCCAGUCAGAUGCGGUACGAAGAUUGAGUGUCACGAGCAGUGUAUCAGGGAGAAGUCCUGUGGCCAUCCUCAGGAACCACACGAGUGUCACGAGGAUGACUCCAAUUGUCCAAGAUGUACCACUCUUGUCACCAAAAAAUGUAACUGUGGUGACAAGGAAAUCAAAAAGGUGAUGUGCUCGAUCGAAAGUGUAUCGUGUGGUAAGAUUUGUACCGUCAAGAAGGAUUGUGGCCAUCCUUGCAACAGGGCUUGUUCCAAGGAUUGUACCGAAGGAAAACACGCAGAUGUUGCUACCUGUCAUUCCCUCUGUCGUAAGAUCAGGAAGACAUGUCCUCACAUUUGCGUUCGCAAGUGUCACUACGCCUUCUCGUCACCAUGUGACAGCUUCAAAUGCAACCAACCUAUCGAAAUUAGCUGCAUGUGUGGAAGGAUCACAAGAGAAGUGCUGUGUGGAGCUUCGAAUGCACAGGAAACUAGAAUCGGGACAAUUUUGGAGUGUAACGAAGAUUGUGGCCGUGUCAAACGUGAAGAAGAGUUACGUCAGAUCUUUAACGUUUCACCCAAGGCUUUUGAAAACCCAUAUGUCGAACUGACUCUUGACGUCUUCAAAAGACAGAAGAAUUGGUGUCUGAAAAUGGAGAAGAUCAUGAGGGACUUUGUUAGUGACUAUCAGGAUUUGAAGGCCGCAGGCGCACCAGCAAAGAACUCAUACCACUUUCCACCAAUGACAAAGCCCCAGCGUGAUUUCAUCAAAGAGGUUGCUUCCUCUUAUAAGCUCUAUUCCGAAUCUCAGGAUAAGGAACCAACCAGAGCUGUCUUCAUCGUGGUGACUGAGAGAACUGAAGUCCCUAAGAUGACUAUCUUGCAAGCUAUAGAAAAGGAGCGUGAGAUUGAGCUCAAGAAGCUUCAGCUUGAAGAGCUUAAACUCACUCAGCUUGAUGAGAAGCUUUACAACUCUCUCAUGAUUAGAGAUACUUUCUUCGGGGUUAAUGAGGCCUCUGUCAAAAAGGCUGUCAGUGAAAUCUUGCUGACACAUGAAGGUUACGAAGAAUUUGAUAUCAAGUGUAUGAAGGAGUCUACGUUUGUCUUCUAUGCUCCUUCCCUCCAGGAGAUGGACAAGGAGAAGGAAGAUAAUCUUUACAUGUUGCUGAAAACUUUCAAAAGCAUGCUUCGUGAGAAGCUCAUUGCAUUCGACUGCAAAAUGUGCUUGGUUGAUGACGACAUUACAGAAAUUUUAAAAGUUGAUAACAACAAUGUCAUGACCAAUAGCACAGGCAGUUCCGGACGCUCUACCCCAAAGGUCGAAGGGUCAGAGCAAAAUUCCUACGAGAUCCUACAAAACUCGUAA